CUUGCCUGCCAUCCGCGUCCUCCACGCCUGCCAUCCGCUCCCGCCGCUGCCCGCUCUUCAUCCUCGGCACAGCACACCGCUCAUCGCAUCGCCCUCAGCGCUCCGUUGCUAGGCGCGCCUGCCAUGGUCCGCAGCAUGCUCGCGCAUACGGCGCUGCUGCUGCUGCUCUUCGCGUCGUCGGUGCAGUCGCUGUACUUCUACCUCGAGGCUGACGCCAAGAAGUGCUUUCUCGAGGAGCUGCCGCACGACACCGUCGUCGUGGGCCACUACAUGGCCGAGGUGUGGGACAAGCAGAACCAGCGCUUCACGAUCCGCGAGGACAUGGGCAUCAACAUCAUGGUCAAGGAAGUCAAGGAGGACCACAUCGUGACAUCCACGCGCGGCCCGGCUGAGGGCAAGUUCGCCUUCACGUCGCACGAGGCGGGCGACCACCAGAUCUGCCUCUCGUCCGCGUCGUCGUCGGCCGACGCGCCGCAGGUGCGCAUGCACCUCGACGUCGUCAUCGGCGAGGCGCGCCCGGACAACAGCGCCAAGGACCGCGCGCACAUCACAGACCUCGCCGGGCGCGUGCGCCUGCUCAACGACCGGCUGCGCGACAUCCGCAAGGAGCAGCAGUACCAGCGCGAGCGCGAGGCGGCGUUCCGCGAUCUGUCCGAGCAGACGAACAGCCGGGCAGUGUGGUGGAGCAUCGUCCAGGGCGUCGUCCUGGUCCUGACCGGCGCCUGGCAGCUGCGGUCUUUGACAGUGAGUCCUCCGCCUGGCCGCCGCCCCGUACAGGAGCUGCAAGCGACUGGGCCGCGCAUCGGAGCCGCGCCAUCGCCGUUCUGCGUCGCCGCCGAGGCGCUGUCGGCCAUUGGCGUCAGCCCUCGGGUGUCGGCCCUCAGCGCCAGUCCUCAGUGUCGCCUUCACUGUCAGCCCUUGGCGCCGCCAGUCUGGCUGCACACACCGCUCGGGCCCAGGCAUCGCUCACACGUCUGCACAGGUGUUCUUCAACGAGAAGAAGGUCCGCUGAGCACGACACGCCGCCUCCUAUGACCC